UGUACUCAAGAUUUGAAUUGAAGGGAAAAUAGAGAAAAUAAUAGCAAAAUAAGCCAGCAAGGCAAAAAUAAUGCAAUGGGGGAAAAAACAUGCAGUCUCAGAAAAAUACACUAGAUUUUUAGCUUGUUUUCCUCAGUCUACCCCAUUCAGCAAAACCGUAGAAAGCCGUCAAGGUUUGUCAUUUUAAUCUGGUAUCAACGUCCACUGUUUACAGUUACUAUAACUACUGUAGUACAGUUGAAACUGUCCGCUGUAGGGUGUGCAUGGCCGCACAAGUCUGCACAUGUAUAUGCUCAUUGCUUACUUUAACCAGAUUAAAGAAUUGAUCGAGUUCUAGAGUCAAAUUUGAGGGCAAUGUCUGCAGAAAUACCCCAAAACCGAACUGUGGUAGAAACAAGUUUAAGCCCAAAGACAGACAGUUUGGGGUCUCAAUCUGUCGGCUCUGCUGUCCAGCAUCAUGAAGAAAACCAGUUGAUCUGCCAACUACCUCCAAUGAGUGAAUCUGACCACAGGUUUCCGUCUAAGUCGGUGAGACAGGAGGGGUUAGAGGAACAGCGGAUAUCUGAAAUAUGCAGAGACGCCUGCCAACCUGCCCAACAUAAAAUGUCUAAAAUAUCCCCUCAGGAGAAUCCAGGCCAAAAUGAGCUUCUCCUUCAGCGGCAGGUGAAGCAGUUGCAGAGGGUUUUGCAGGAACAGAACACACUGCUCUCUCUCAUCAGUCCAGGGCUGAUUUUAUCUCCCACAUUCUUAGCGCACUGGCAAGCCCAGACACCUCCGAGCACUUCAGAAGCUGAUCUCAACAACACUUCUGAGAAUUUAGAUCCCUUCAAGGAAAGCUCAACCAAACCUUCAUAUUCUGGCCAGGUUGAGAAUAAGUCAGAAGCUCUGCUGGCAACUAAUAACAGCAAUGGUAUUGUACCAUCAGCAGAGCUCAGAUGCUUGUGUCCUAUUGAAGAAGAGUCUUCAGAACCUGCACAAGACGACUGUCCUCUUAGCCCUUUCGGACUGAGGCAAGGUCUCCCACCAAACCCAGAGGAAAGGCCUAUUCGACCAGGACUGAGAGAAGAGCAAAAAACAUUUGAAGAGUUUGUUGAAGAACAUCUAAAAACAGACCAGGCUGUUCUCCAAUAUGAGAAUCAGGCUAGUACACAAAUCAAAGGAGCAGAGAAGAGGGAUUUUCUUCGUAAAGGAGAAGGAACAUCUAAAAUUUUGAAGGUUAAGGACUGCUCACUAAGUCUAAAGAGGAGAUGCUCUAUUAGUUCACAAACAAUGAACACGAAGCCCAGUCAGCAGUCAGUACGACCCACUGAAGAGAUACCAAAUAGGAGCAGUCCUGCACUGAAGGGUGUGGGAAACCUCAGUGACCAAAAACCUGGCCUGGAAGACUCUCUGAAGAAGACCAUUGCUCUACAAGACGAUUAUUUUUUAUCAAACAACAAAGGGAAAGUCAAUGCUUUAACUGCUAAUAUUGCUAACAAUGCAGUCUCACUUAAAAUUAAGCGCAGGGAAGGAGUUGUGAGGAAUUAUGGUAAAACAAAUGGAAGUAAGCCAAGUGGAUCUGCUCCGGCACAAAGCAGGAGUGUUGGCUUUAAAAAAGUUAAUGACCACAUUGUCAAAAUCCAUGAGAAAAACUGUCUUACGAAAAACUACCAUCAAAGUGGACAUACCAAAGAGACGUCUAAAGAAGUCAAUUUGAUCGAUGAGGUGAUGGAGUCACUGGCUCUUAGUGAAUCUAACGACAGCACUAGUGAGGACGGACCCAACUCUCAGCCUCACAGUCCGUUUCCUCAUUAUCUUUCAAGGCACACGGAUCACAAAGAUCAGAGUCUGGAUCUGUCGGAUGGAGACUAUGCUAGUGAUGCCCCGAGUGAGACUCAAUUUAAUGAAGAACAUCGCACUUCAACUCCUCCGUCUAGUUCUUCGAGCUUCAGCAGUGACUCUGAACUCAAGAGCUUAGAGGGGUCAAUGGCUAACUGCUCCAAGAAAACAGAAGAAAGAGGGACCCACAGUGAUUUUAGACCACCUUCUGUUCCUGACACUCUCACAAAGACAUUUCCAAAAGUCAAGGUUACUCCAGAAGACGUCACACAUGGCAUGGAGAAAGAGAAACCACAUACUUCAAUCAGGUCUGAGAUGGAAGAGCAUGGUUUCAAAGGAGAGGAUGGAUGCAGACCUUUGCUCGGGCUUACGAAAGAACUCCAUGAACCUCAGGAUCUGAGACAGCAGAUCUCAUCUCUGAAGCAGCAGUUGAUGGAGAGGGAGUCUCACUGGUCACAGGCCCACAGUCUCCUCCAGAGCCGUGUGGAAGCCCUCAUCCGAGAGAACCAGGAGCUUCACAGCAGGUUUAAUGUGAACAAGAGUUUUCCCCAGAGCGCUGGUUCCUCUGCUCCUCAUGCUGGAUCAUACAGCGCAGUGAAAUUUGAGAAAAGCAGAGAGGAACCACAGAAGACCCCUCGUGUUAGGAGCGCAACUCCAGCCUUUAACAAAACCACCAGGACACAACAGAGCGAUGCAAAUGGACACUCUCUUACCAAAGCGAACAGGAUAACAGAAUGCUCAGCCGACUCUUUGAGAAAGAAUUCUGCACUUUCCACUGACAGUCCACAGAACAAUGGCAUGAGUGGCGGAAAGGGAAGUUUGUUUUAUCAUCAUACUGACUGCAAUGAUGCACAAAUGGCAUCCCAGGCCAGAAAAGACAAAAUACGGGAGGAAACUCACUAUCCAGAUGGAAGAGUAGAACGUCUUUUUUUGAAUGGAUGCCGUGUGAUCACAUUUCGCAAUGGAACAAAGAAAGAGAUUGGUGUUGACAAGUCGGUCACUGUUACCUUCUUCAAUGGAGAUGUUAAACGCACACAGGCUGACGGGACUGUGAUAUACUACUAUUGUGACGCUCAAACAACACACUCAACCUAUCCAUCUGGUUUGGAGGUUGUACAGUUUCCAAACAACCAAAGAGAAAAACACCAUCCUGAUGGCACAAGGGAAAUAUCCUUCCCGGAUGGCACCGUCAAGAUUCUCCACUCCGACGGUCGAGAGGAAAGCAUUUUUCCAGAUGGAACUGUUGUCAAGAUAUCACAACAUGGUGAAAAGAUGGUGGAGUUUACUAAUGGGCAGAGAGAGAUCCAUACUUCACUGUAUAAGAGGAGGAUGUACCCGGAUGGAACCGUUAAAACUGUCUAUAGGGAUGGGAGACAAGAGACAAAUUUCUCAUCUGGGAGGGUUCACAUUAAGAACAAUGAAUGUGUCCUUAUAAUGGACAAAAAGUGAACUUCUAAAAAACCAUUUACCUUUUAUUUAUUUUUUUAUGUAAAUCAUCUAAACUCUUUGAUCUAAACAUAUCAAUAAACUGUAAAUGACAAUCGGGUGAACUAAGCCUGCCUGCCUUUUUUUUUUUACAUGUGCUGUCAGCAGGUGUCUUGUGUUGCUAAGAGUUUCUCUCAGCAUGAACACAUCUGAUACUGUAUUCAGGUGAAGAGUGAAGACCCUCUGACCGAGUCGUGACAUUGUACUACAUUGCAACUCUCUGGUUUCAGUAGAGGAACAUUCCUAAAAUAGUAAGGAAGAGCUGGGAUAAAUAUCUUAUAUAAGCAUUACAUCUGAGGAUGUGUUUCGGGUUAUUUUCUGUAUUGUCUAAUCGUAGCAUGUACACUACUUUUAAAAA